CUUUUCCCUCUGGGAGUUCGAAACGAACUUUAAGCUCUAAUUUGCAUGCCAAUCAUUCUACAAAUCUUCCAUUAGACAGGAAACCAAAGCGGCCGGGGCGAGAAGGGUACGUUCAUCAAGAUUCCAUCUUUACUUUUUCCUUCUUUCUUUCUUUUCUUGCCUGGUUUGGGUAUUCCCCUUCUCUUUUGACUACUGUUGCUGCUCCUGCUUUAAAGCACAAAGAAACAACAUAUAGUCUUUAUACGCUCACACCCUCUUUUUUUCUUCCCUACCACAUAAAUUCAAACAAACAAACAGAUCCGAAGCUGCCUGUUGUUCUAUUCCCUUUGUUUAAUUGCCUUUAGAUCUGCUGCAAAACAUGAAACUACCCUUUUCAUGGUUUUCAUAACCUUGAAUUGAAUCUUAAAUUUGAUUCCCUGUAGAGAGCUCUUUUGGAGUUCAGUUAGAUCCAAUCUCAUUAUUAUUUGUAGACCCAUCACACACAUAUAGUGUUACUGGGUAGAGUCUGUUUAGUUUAUUUGGGGUAUAGAGUUUGAAUGGGGGAAGGAAGAAAUGGAAGGAUUUGCAAAGUGAGGAAGAGGGGAGGAUCAUCAUCUUCAUCUUCUUCAUUGGUGAGAACUUAUCGGCUAAAAAGGGCCCUUUUGGUAGGGAAGAGAGGGGGUUCCAGAACACCUGUUCCAAUGUGGAAGAUGAAGAUGAUGGAUGCCUCAAGAUCAUCCACAAUGUCACAAAAUUCAACUCCUAAUAAGUAUUUGCAAGAGAAUUGUGGGGAUAUGAGGAAAGAGUUUUCUGUUUCUGCUAGAAAAUUGGGAGCCACUUUUUGGGAGAUCAAUGGGAUUAGUACUUCACAUAGUUAUAAUAAUAAUGAUAAUGAUAGAGGAGGAGGAGGAUGGGGAAAUGAGAAUUUGGAGAAGGUGAUGAGGAGGGGGAAAGGGGAUGUAAAGUCAUCAUCUAAUAAAUUGGGUUCAAAUUCAAUGGCUCUGCAAUUGUCUGAUCCUUCUAGUAGCCCUGUUUCUCCGGGUAUGGAGAGAUGUCAUAAAGUGGGAAGUCACAGAAGGAGAGCUUCCACUGGUUCUCAAAAAAUUCUGCAGCCUGAUUAUCCACUGCACAGUUCUGGAUUGAUGGAGGAAACUCAAACGAGACAUCGCCUAAAGGAGGUCAGGCGUGGCCUAACCACUUCAAAAGAGCUUCUCAAACUCCUGAACCGGUUUUGGGGUCUGGAAGAGCAACAACCUGCAUGCGUCUCACUAUUUUCAGCCCUAAAAUCUGAGCUUGAUCAAGCAACUAUUCAGUUGACCAAGGCAAUCCAAGAACACAAAGGAGAGAUUGACUUCCUCUUGAAGCGGUUCGAGGAAGAGAGAGUUAAAGAGCGGGAAAGGGUCCAAAGCGCCGUUGAGUCUCUCGUGGGAGAGCUCAAAACGGAGAAGAAGCUGAGGAAGCAGACGGAGAGGAUGAACAAGAAGCUCGGGCGAGAAUUGGCUAGCACCAAAGCAUCCCUAUCGAAGGCAACCAAAGAAGCCGAGAGCGAGAAGAGGGCGAGGGAGAUAUUAGAACAGGCCUGCGAUGAACUUGCGCGGGGUAUAGGGGAAGAUAGAGCAGAGGUGGAAGAGUUGAAGAAAGAAUCGGCUAAGGUUAAGGAAGAAGUUGAGAAGGAAAGAGAAAUGCUUCAACUAGCUGAUGUGUUGCGCGAGGAGAGGGUGCAAAUGAAGCUUUCUGAAGCAAAGUACGAGUUUGAGGAGAAAAAUGCGGCCAUUGAUGAGUUGAAGAGUGAGCUUGAGGCAUUUUUGAGAUUCAGAAGAGGAGUAGGAGAGGAAUCUCCUAACCAUGAAAGAAUCAAGGCUCUUGAGAAGCACUUAAGGGAAACUCUUCCGUUGAAUGGCGAGAAAGUGAGAGUGGAAGAAGAAGAAGAGGAUGAUGAUUCGGGUGAAAGUGACCUUCACUCCAUCGAACUGAACAUGGACGAAAACAGCAAGAGAUAUGAAUGGAGUAAUCAUAAUAAUAGUAAAGGGAGAAAGUGCAUUUCUGCAAAUCCCCCGGUCUGUCUGGAAAGGCAAACAUCAGAAGGCAUUGUUUUGGAUUUCACAGAAAAUCAUAAAAACGGAUAUUCGUCGCACUCGUUCCACAGUGGUUGGAAAAGGGAAUGCGAGGACGAGAUCGAGAGAUACAACAUGAUCAAGGAUCUUAGAGACCACAUUGUCUCUUCUUCCAAAACCACAUCUUCCCAAGAUUUCAUUAGUCCAGCCAAGGUAUGGAGCCAUCAUAGUUUCUCUUCCCAAGAUUUCAGUAGCAUGGUUGGAGGAGAUGCCUUUACAGUGUCGCAAGGAACAGAUUGAAGCAUUUUUCAUAUGCAGCAUCACCAAGGAUAGGAUAUGGAUUAUGACAAAAAAGACCCUUUAAGUGAUCAUCUUAUUUAAGGGGUGAUUCUGGCAUUACAAGCUCAAAUUCUUCAGUGACCUGUGCAUUACAUGCAAAUUCCCAAGAAAGAAAUACUCUUGAUGGUUGUCUUUGAAUGAUUUGAUCUUCAUAUAUAGUCAAAAUUUUGUGAUUUGGUGUUUGUGUCAGAUGAAUUGUACAAAGGUUGUCACUUUUUUACUGGAAGUGAAAAUUUUAUAUGUAUAGUACUGUUUUAAAAUUUUGCAGAUAACAUUUCCAAAAGUAUUCCUAAGACAUCACUUCUAAACUGCCCACCAUCGUGAUAUUACCAUAUUGCCUUCGAACCCAAAAACAAAAGUGGGUGGUUUGUGGGGUAUGAGGGCCCAUCAUCACCAUCACUAUAACGUUGUGGAGAGACUGCGCAUCUGAUCAUAAUGCAUGGAACUUUGUUCAUUGGAAGUUCACUAGAUGUCUCAAUCAAGGUCCAUGAGUCAGGAGCUUCAAGAUGAUUAAAAACUUAAGCAUCUUUGGUGUGUGUAAUAUUUGGCCAAGGGCCCUUGGCCAAAUUACUUGAGUUGAAUAUCUAUGAGAAAACUUUUUUUGUGUGGCGCAUUAAAUCACUGAAUUAUGAAGAGAGUGAAGUUCAAAGUAGCUUAUAAUUUGG